AUGCCCCGGAAAACUCAAAAAGUGAACCCCGGGGUUAGGAGAUAUGGACUAAAAAGUAAUUAUACCUCUGAAACGCUCGAAGAAGCCCUCAGUAAAAUUCGUUCAGGUGCCAUGUCUAGACUCGCUGCUUCAAAGUUUUACAAAAUACCUGCGGUAACCCUUUUUUACAAAUUAAAAAGUAAACACAUAAAACCAGUUGGUAAACCUGUUACUUUUAGUAAAGACGAAGAAACUAGCUUCAAGGCUCAUUUGUUGCUGUUAAGCGAUCUCGGCAUACCUAUUAGUAUGAUGGACUUCAGAUUUGUAGUAAAAAACUACUUAGAUACCAACAAUAUAACAAAGCCACAAUUUAAAAACAACCUUCCAGGUUAUGAAUGGGGUGUAUUGUUCUUAGAAAGAAACCCAGAAUUAAAAACAAAAAUAGCUUAUAACAUAUCUCGAAAGAGGGCUCAAGUCACACGAGAAAUGGUCGAGGAAUUCUUUAAACAUAUUAAAACGGAAAUAGAAGGAGUCCCACCAGAAAAUAUAUAUAAUAUGGAUGAGUCAGGUUUUCAUGACGACCCUGGAAAGAAAAAGUUGCUUUUCCGUAGAGACUCUCGACAUCCCGAAGUUAUAAAAAAUACCAGUAAAUCGUGUUACACUGUGGUCUUUUGUGCAAAUGCUGGUGGCGAAGUUUUGCCUCCUUUUUUUAUAUUUAAAGGAAAGAGACUGUGGUCAGAUUGGCUUUUUCAAGCUCCUUCAGGUUCAAGAAUGGCUGUGUCUGAAUCUGGAUGGAUAGAUUCUUCAAUCUUUGAGGAGUGGUUGGAAAGACAUUUUAUUCCACACGUUGAUAAGCAAAAUGGCAAGAAGGUAUUGUUGUGCGAUAAUCUCAGCGCCCAUAUAUCACCAAAAGCAUUACGUCUUUGCAGUGAACAUAACAUUACGUUUAUUUGCUUACUACCAAAUUCAACCCACCUGUUGCAACCACUAGAUGUGGGUUAUUUUUCUGGCUUAAAAACUUCAUGGAGGAAAGUUCUCAAUGAUUAUCGACAGACUAAUAAAGGAAAAAAAGUACAAGCACUGCCAAAGCCUCUCUUUGCCCAGCUGCUCAAAAAGUCUCUAAAUAAUAUUGAAGGUACGUCAUCUGAUAAUGUGAAAGCCGGAUAUCAGAGCUGUGGCUUGCAACCAUUUUCACCUUCUACCGUUUUGAACAAAUUACCAAGGUACACGUCUCAGGCAGAUGUUUGCGAUUCUAUUGGUACAAGUUUCAUAAACUACAUAGAAGAAAUAAGGCAAGGAGAUUUGCAUGUGAAGAAAGGAAGAAAAUUUCAAUUACCCGUUACGGCUGGGAAAAGCGUUUCGGCUGAGGAGGUCGAAAAAUAUUAUGAAGAAAGAGACAAUACAAACAAAAGUAUAGGACUAAAGGGAGCUGAAAGCGACGCGCAAACCAAGAAAAAAGGACGACCCCUGGGUUCUAAGAACAAAAAGAAAAAGAAGAUUAAUAACGAUACAGAAGAAGAAAAAAAUAAAGAUUUUGACAGGGACCAGAUUAAAAAUGGAGAAGCAGAAGAUACAAUCACUGAAAAAAAUAGUGAUAAUAAGUCUGAAAAAAUUGAAAGAAAAGUAGUAAUAGUAGAAGCUUUAGUUCACCAACCUCCUAAACUUUCCAAGACAUCUGCUGAUGACUUAAGCAACGCUUUUGAAAAUCAAGUUAUGGCAGAAGAUAUGAUCCAGGAAGAAAGCCCUGACUUAGACAUAGGAAGUGAAGUGAUUUUAAUAGAUGAAGACAUUAUAGAAGAAUAUAUAGUAGAUGAGAAAAGUGGUGAAUUAAAGGGCGUGACGACUGAGAAGUGUACAGGCAAGGGUGACGUUAAAGUCCCGAAAUUAAAAGAGGGUACAUAUUGUGUCUUUAGAGAAGAGGGUAGUUUGUUCCCAGGAAGGAUACAAAAACUUAGACCCUUAAAAGUCUCUGUGCUCCAAAAAAACUUUUUAGGAGGUUGGUCUUGGCCCUCUAAAGCUGACAUAUGUCAAAUCGAUGAGGCCAAUAUAAUAAGUAUUUUAAAGGAGCAACAGUUAUCCAAAAAAGGCGGCCAACUUUUUAUUGAAGAUGAAAUUCUGUUAUUGCAAUGGGGUGUAUGA